CUUGUUCCCAAAUUCGCUUCGCGUCCACCGAAGCCCCAGCAGCUUUUAACAACUACGAUUCGACGACUGCAAACCACACCGAGCAGUCAGGUACAAACUUCACCAACACCGACGCGACACCCUCGCCCCAAACGAACGAAUUGGUCUCAUCAAACCUUCCAUCUCGACAGCUUUCUCCUCCAUGAUGAAUAGACCAGGCGCAGUACCCCCAAAUCAUCGCGGGAUGCCAGCAGGCUUUGGUGGUCAACCGAAGCCACCGCAACAAUCCGCACGAGCCGCUUCGAAUCGGUUACCUAACGGAACAAUGGCUGGCAACGGCGCAGGGUGGGCGUUUGCAGGCGUCCCGAUGGCAAGCGGUGGCCUGCAGAACCCUUCCAGGCAGUUGGGAGGCAACGUUAGUUUUGCGCAAAGCUUAAGCGGGUCGCAACCGGCGACACCGCUCGACCUUUCUGAAUUCCCCUCCCUGUCCGGUAACUCGCAACUUUCGAAUCAAUCACAAUCCUCGAUGUGGUCGACUGGUGGAGCGAGGAAUCUGGGCGGCCCGGCUCCUAUACAGCGCAACCAGCCCACGCCUCUAUCUCAACAACCGAACCAACAAGAAGACAUGUACACGCCGCCCUCACGUCUGCCAACCGACCAAGGAUCAUUUCGCUUUGGAAACCAGGCGAGCAUUGGCCAGACGGCACAAUCGCAACCAAAUGCGGUUGACGACUUCCCCCCACUUAACAGGAACCCCAAUGGAGAGAUUGGUCGUGAGCGUGGCGGCCCAAGUCUCAUGUCUAGCCUGGGGUUUGCCCCUCCCAGCGGCAAUGGUACGGUCUCUGCACAGCAACCGAGCAGAGCUGCGAACGGUCUGCUGAAUGCCCUUUCAGCAAACAGCAGAUCGACGGAGACUCGAUCUCCAGUUGAUGCAAGAGGUAUGAGUACAGAUGAAGACUCCCGGCAGAAGGGACUGGCCUCGCAGAAGUCAUCGCUGGAUGGAAUGGCAAACCAAAGUGAGGGCAGGCAUCCAGGGACGAUUGGAAACAGUGGACCCGCAGGCAAGGCCAAGGCCGAGGAGCCGGUGCCGUCUGUACCAGUUCAAGAUCCAUUGGCAGGGAUGCCCGAGAGUGACAAAUGGGGCAUAAAAGGGCUUCGGUUUUUGAUGAAUGGAUUCCCCGACUACAACGCUUUAGUCUCGGGCAUCGACUACACCAACAUGGGACUGGAGCAAGCUCUCCGCAAUCCAGAGCCGAUAUCAGAACAAAUUUACUCAGCUUUUGAUGACACACCGCCAAGGCCCGCAAUUCCCAAGUUCCGGUUGCCAGAAUGCUACAAGGUCAACAAUGUUCAGCCUAUUGAGAAUAAGAUUCAGGGCUUCAACGAGGAGACGUUAAUGUGGAUUUUCUACUCGUGCCCGGGAGACCGUCAACAGCAACUGGCGGCUCUCGAGCUCAACAACCGCAACUGGCGAUGGCAUAAGAAGUUGCAAGUAUGGUUGACCAAGGAUGAGCAUAUGAUGCCUCAAGUUAUCAGCCCAAACCACGAACGGGGAUACUACCUCGUUUGGGAUACGACACAAUGGCGUAAAGAUAGGCGCGAGCUGGCACUCGAUUACGCCGACUUGGACACCAACCCUCUUGGCCUGACACUGGGGUCAUAAAGGGUUGGGUUCGGCGGCUAGGUCAGAUCUGUCGCUCGGGCAGGAGAAGAAGGAUCAUGCUGAUGGCCGCGAGGAAAGCAUCAGGACACCAAACACGUUUCCUGAUGAUUCCACAAAGCUAUUGCUACAGCUAGGUCUUUGAGCAGUUUUGCUAGUGGACUGGUCGGAUGAUGUUUACCGAUCUGCGCUGCUCAAGAAUUACUGCAUGUUAGUUUUGGUUGCUUUCGUCGCUUGCACGCCUUCGGUUUGCUACUGCGCUGGAGUUGAAACAAAAAGUGCCGACUAAUAGUAACAAUGCACAAUUGACGCACGGGGCCGUGUUGGCUCUUGUUGUGAUGCAACCUUGAAGUAUUGUGAACAAUCGUGAAGUGGAACCCUGUAGUGUGAGAUUGAUUUUCG